GAGCGGGGAGAGAAAGCGAGAGAGAGAGAGCAGCCCGGAGAAAGGGACAAGGCAGAUCCUGGGAAGCGAGAGCGAGAGAGACUCCUGCAGGAGGGGGACCCUGGGCGGGGAGAGGACAUUGCCAGCGAAGGGCCCGGAGGGGAGCGAAAGGAUCGGGACUGCUCGCAAGCGUCCGACUUGUUGAAAGACGUCGAGCGAGGGUCAGAGGCUGUGCCCGGGGCCGGGGGACAAAGCGGAGCGAGAGGGAGCUGGCGCUGGCCCGCCGGGAUGGUGCAACUCGCGCGGUGAAAAUGGUCUUUGUCCAACUUUUCUGAUGCCGGGARGCCGGGCGGCACGGCUGUAGCGGGAAGGGCUUCUGCGAACACUGCUCGAGUAAUGCUGGGAAGUGGAGGGGGUGUUGCUGGAGUCCUGCACAAGUAUUUCUCUGUGAACGCCUCUGUGCUUUAAUUUGGGAAGAUAUUAAACACUCCAGGAAAUCUCUGACCAUUUCAAGGGAGUGGUGUGUGUUUGUUGAAGAUGGUGAUAUUUACAGAGAAUCUUCAUGGAUUCUAAUGCUGGCAUCAGUGCAAGAAGAGUGUCGGGAAUGGGUUGGCUCUGGAUGGUCUUCUUCUUUCAUCUAGUCACCUCACUGGAAGAAAUACUUCUGGAUACUACUCAAGAGACCUCAGAGAUCGGCUGGACCACACACCCUUCUGAUGGGUGGGAUGAGGUAAGUGUCCUGGAUGACAAGAAGCGCCUGAUCCGAACCUUUCAAGUGUGCAACGUGGCUGAACCAGGUCAGAACAACUGGCUGCGCACUCACUUCAUCGAGCGGCGCGGAGCCCACCGGGUGCACGUCCGCCUCCGUUUCUCAGUCAGGGACUGUGCCAGCAUGCGCACCGUGGCCUCGUCCUGCAAGGAGACUUUCACUCUCUACUACCACCAGUCGGAGACUGACAUAGCCUCUCAGGACAUGCCAGAGUGGCGUGAGGGCCCCUGGACCAAAGUGGAUACUAUUGCGGCUGAUGAGAGCUUUUCCCAGGUGGACAGCACUGGGAAGGUGGUCAAGAUGAAUGUCAAAGUACGGAGCUUUGGGCCACUCACCAAGCAUGGCUUCUACCUGGCCUUCCAGGAUUCGGGAGCCUGCAUGUCCUUGGUAGCAGUCCAAGUCUUUUUCUACAAGUGCCCAGCUGUGGUGAAAGGAUUUGCCUCCUUUCCUGAAACAUUUGCUGGUGGGGAGAGGACCUCACUGGUGGAGUCCCCAGGGACGUGUGUACCCAAUGCUGAAGAGACAAGCACCACAGGGUCCUCCAGUGUCCGGCUGCACUGCAAUGGAGAAGGGGARUGGAUGGUGGCCAUUGGACGCUGCACCUGCAAGGCUGGCUACCAGCCUGUGGAUGAUGAACGAGCCUGCCAAGCCUGUACCCCUGGUUCCUUUAAAGUAUCUGUGGGAGAUGACCCCUGCCAUCCGUGCCCUGCCCACAGCCACGCUCCACUGCCAGGUUCCCAGGAAUGUGUGUGUCAGAACCGGUACUAUCGCUCUGCUUCGGACAAUUCUGAUGCUCCCUGCACUGGCAUCCCSUCUGCUCCUCGUGACCUCAGCUAUGAAAUUGUUGGCUCCAACGUGCUGCUGACCUGGCGCCUCCCGAAGGACCUGGGUGGCCGCAAGGACGUUUUCUUCAAUGUGAUCUGCAAGGUGUGCCCAGCGGGGUCCUCGGGGCCGUGCGUGCGCUGUGGGGACAGUGUGCAGUUCGAGCCGCGCCAGGUGGGGCUCACYGAGAGCCGCGUGCAAGUCUCCAACCUCCUGGCCCGUGUGCACUACACCUUCGAGAUCCAGGCCGUCAACUUGGUGACUGAACUGAGUUCAGAAGCUCCCCACUUUGCCACCAUCAAUGUUAGCACCAGCCAGUCAGUCCCAUCUGCUGUCCCCAUGAUGCAUCAGGUGAGUCGCACUACCAACAGCAUCACACUGUCGUGGCCUCAGCCGGACCAGCCCAAUGGGAUCAUCCUGGAUUACCAGCUSCGCUACUUUGACAAGGCAGAAGAUGAGGAUAAUUCCCUGACCUUAACUAGUGAGACCAACAUGGCCACCAUAUCCAGCCUGAGCCCAGGCAAGAUCUACGCUUUCCAAGUGCGCGCCAGGACAGCCGUCGGCUAUGGCCCUUACAGCGGGAAGAUGUAUUUCCAGACCUUAACAGGAGGGGAGCGCUCGGAGAUGGCGCAGGACCGACUGCCACUGAUCGUGGGCUCAGCACUCGGGGGUCUGGCCUUUUUGGUAAUUGCUGCCAUUGCCAUCCUUGCCAUCAUCUUCAAGAGUAAAAGGCGAGAGACUCCAUACACAGACCGCCUGCAGCAGUAUAUCGGUGCACGAGGGCUUGGAGUGAAGUAUUACAUUGAUCCUUCAACCUAUGAAGAUCCCAAUGAAGCCAUUCGAGAAUUUGCCAAGGAGAUCGACGUGUCCCUCAUCAAGAUUGAGGAGGUCAUUGGAUCAGGAGAGUUUGGAGAGGUGUGCUUUGGGCGCCUGAAGCACCCAGGGAAGCGGGAAUACAUGGUCGCUAUUAAGACGUUGAAGUCAGGUUACACAGAGGACCAGCGGCGGGAGUUCCUGAGCGAGGCCAGCAUCAUGGGGCAGUUUGAGCAUCCCAAUGUCAUCCACCUGGAGGGAGUGGUCACCAAGAGCCGACCGGUCAUGAUUGUCACAGAGUUCAUGGAGAAUGGAUCGUUGGAUUCCUUCCUCAGGCAGAAGGAAGGGCAGUUCAGUGUGCUGCAGCUGGUGGGAAUGCUGCGGGGGAUUGCAGCCGGYAUGCGCUACCUGUCCGACAUGAACUACGUGCAUCGUGACCUGGCYGCUCGGAACAUCCUGGUCAACAGCAACCUGGUGUGCAAGGUGUCAGACUUUGGGYUGUCCCGCUUCCUGGAGGAUGAUGCUUCAAAUCCCACCUACACUGGAGGUCUGGGCUGCAAAAUCCCCAUCCGCUGGACCGCCCCUGAAGCCAUCCAGUACCGCAAGUUCACCUCCUCCAGUGAUGUCUGGAGCUAUGGCAUUGUCAUGUGGGAGGUGAUGUCCUACGGUGAGAGGCCUUACUGGGACAUGUCCAAUCAGGAUGUGAUUAAUGCCAUUGACCAGGACUAUCGCCUGCCACCACCCCCAGACUGCCCAACUGUUUUGCACCUGCUGAUGCUUGACUGCUGGCAGAAGGAGCGGGUCCAGAGACCCAAAUUUGAGCAAAUAGUCAGUGCCCUGGAUAAAAUGAUUCGCAAGCCAUCAGCUCUCAAAGCCAUUGGCACUGGGACCAGCAGACCGUCUCAGCCUCUCCUGAGCAACUGUCCUCCAGAUUUCCCUUCCCUCAGCAAUGCCCACGAGUGGUUGGAUGCUAUCAAGAUGGGCCGCUACAAGGAGAAUUUUGACCAGGCUGGGCUGGCUACAUUCGAUGUCAUAUCACGCAUGACGCUCGAAGACAUCCAGCGCAUUGGCAUCACCCUCGUUGGCCACCAGAAGAAGAUUCUAAACAGCAUCCAGCUGAUGCGAGUCCAUUUGAAUCAACUUGAACCAGUUGAAGUGUGAUGUUUACAUCAUCCUUAUUCCUAGUCUCAAACUCUGGAAAGGUUCUGGGGGAGUUCAGAGGGAUUUUCAAUGUAAGGAAAAGACGUCAGUAUACUACUUGAAGACUUAAUGCACCCAGAAAGUGCACUCUACAUGUCCUGUUCCAUGAACAAAACAAAGCCUUGCUGUGAUUUGGAAGCAGAGCUAAAUGACUGGUGACAAUUAAAUGUGGCUGACGUCAUACAUUGGGAAUGGGUUUGGGGUGGGAAGGUUAUAAUAACAUGGGGCGGAGAUGGAAUAAUGGCUUGGACAGAUCACAAGCACCUGUUGCCUCUUGUGUGCCAACAAAAGGUAUCUGACAACUUCACAAAGUCAUCAACAGGCUUUAUUUAUGGCUGAGAGCCCAGCAAAGCUGCAAAGGCAUAAUAAAGGCAACAAAAAAUUAGCAUUUUUUUCAGAAGAAUGCCAUCGUGGUGUGAGAGAUUAUUCCUCAGAUGGAGAUGAGCAUCAGGCUAUCASUUGGCAUGCCAGCUCAGUUCGGAACUGAAGUUCCAGCUAGUGCACAGUAUGUGGUAAGCAAAAACAGAUGUCACCUGGUAAAGAGGUUCAGAGUAAAGGGUUCCAAAUUCAGUGCUAUUUCGUGUGCAGUUCUGGGUCUGCUUCAUGAUGGGAAUUACUAAUCUGUUGUUCUGAUGUGGGGAACAGUCCAUCUCUGUUUAUGGGACUGCCACAGAAUGGAUWAGUAACGAAUCCUAGAAUCCGUCCUGCAGGAUCUGCAAAUGGAGAGGGAAAYAAAUAGGUUCUGGUUCUCACAAGCCCAUUCUUGUGAGGAGAGGUUAAGCUCUGAUACUCCGAGAUCCUAAGUACGCAGAACCUGGGUUUCGUUCUCUUCUGAGCCCCAUGCRGUGAAAAGACUAACAAAAAAAUCAUAAGCUCUUUGCUGUUGAAAAAUAAUUCCUCUUUUUCUCACCUUAGCCAUURGGCACAGUUGUUUGAAUAUUGUUUUUGAAGAAAAUGCAGACCUGCAGGAGUCAACUCCAAACAGAUAGUUUGAAUGAGGGAUGUGAAACUCUUCCAUAAGUUUUUGUCAAGAAUGAUUCCAUCCCCACAAGUCACUUCAGUCCUUAAAAAAGGGCUAAGAAUGUUCUUGGGAUCCCGUCAGACAGACUAGUACCUGCUUAAGGAAAGAUCUGCUUCAAGAUCUGUAUCUCUCUGUCCCUAUGAGCCUAAGCUUGAGAGGARAACUCAUAAACUAUGCACUUGUCUACCUCAUCAACACAUGGGAAGGGAAAUAGAAAUGGCCCCGGUGAGCAAGACCCCAAUUAUGAUACUUCUUUGUGUCUAGAGAGGAAAUAACCCCAACWGUUCUGGUCUGUGCUCAUCUGCUGGCUCACUGUGAAACACACAUGAACCUGGUGUAUUUUUCCAGCUGUUAGAACAUCGCAACUUCUUCAGAUACUACUCCUGUAUGGAUUUAAUGGUUCCUGCAGUCAACCCAGCAGCUGAAGACCAAAAAGAAGAGUCCAAUAAUAUGAUAGGAGGUGCUGCAGAAUAGUUGCACUAAGUAGCCAAUGCAGUUCAGGCUCUUUGUUACAUCAUAAGAGUAACAUUAUUGUUAAUUCUUUUUAGUUGAAGAGGGAGAACAGCAGUGCUUUUUCUGAGAUAUAAAAAAGUCCAUUCAAAAACAAUAAAAGUAUACAUGAAUAAAACAUUCAUGUAUAAAGAGAGUGUGAAGAUUAAAAAAAAAAAACCCAAAUCACAUCAGACUGGAGUCCAACCCUAGAAGAUUUCAGUCUGUGCUUUUUAAGGGGUUUCUGGAAACYUGUAAUACUCACACAUCCAGUCACAUGUAUGCUGACUGACUGUCAGCUCCACCCACGGCAUCUGAGACAGAACAAGUGUUGUCCUCUUCAGGAAGCAUAUUGAGCACAAGAUGUUGAGGGGAAUCUGUGGUCUCUAGCACCUUCCAUAUAUAUUCACCAGAGGACAACAGUGCAUGUAUGCAUCCUCAUAUAUGAGUGUAUUCUAGAAGUUCUGUGUGCCAUUUGGGGGAACAAGGCAGCCUUUCUUUUCCAUGCCUUGAGUGGUCAGGAUUAGUGGAGAGAUUCGCAAUCUAGAUYAAAUCCUGUGGCUUCUUCUCARCCUAGAAAGUURCAUGCAGAAAAUACAUUGUAGGAGRUGAAAUGGGAGCCUUGUCUGAAUCCUGUUCUAGUACAAUGAGACUUAGAACUGCACAAGGGACAGGCUUGGCAUCACAUUUGUAUGGGAAUGGAUAGCUCUAUUCRUUAAGAAGUCUCUCCAUUCUCUUUAUUCCCAGUUUUCUAUUACCUGUUUUCAGGUGCUUGUUUUCUUACAUGGUUUGGGAUGCAAAGGUUCUCAAGUUGCAGUGCAGUUUGUGUUAUUUGCCAUCAUGUUACUCCUUAACUCUGCAAGCAUGGAGGGAGGGCAGUUGUGGCAAAAGCAUUAGAAAUACCCUGAUCUUAGGUUUCUCAGUCAUCUGAAACCAGAAAUUUUACAUUCUAUUUCCCAGUCAUCUGGGAUAUCCUGCAGUAUAUGAGCACCCUCAACAGGUAGGAAUGAGAUUGAAAAGAGAAAUGAGUGGGCUCACCUAGGCACSUGAUACUGCUCUUCACCAGAAGAGUGAGAAACAAUGCCCAAAAAGUCUUAGCUGUAUUCUUUGCCAGAGAAGCAAUGGUAGACAAGAAGUUAUUGCCUACCUUUACUCCAUAUGAUUUCUAUAAUGGGCAGUAUAUAAGAGUAAUGAAUAAAUCAAAUGCACAGGGAUCAGUGCCCCCUUCUUGAGGGCAUUAGGCAUUUGUAUGAAAGCUCAGAAGAGUCAUACCUAUAACUAGAAAGAAGAUAUUUCAAAGAAUAAUGUCCUUUCUGCUURAACACCAAAUUUCACUGUCUGGAAAUAGGAAGAAACUUCACCUUAAGGCAAGCUGUUUUGUAAUUAUUCCUGAUGAGGUUCCUUGAACCUGUCUUUUUGGUGUCUGUUGCUGGACAACCUCCCAGACAGAUAAUUGGAUCUGCACCAGGAUGUCAGUUAAUGUACUGUGCUGCCAGAGAACACAUCGGGCGAGCAAGUUCCCACCUAUGCUGCUUUGGCAGCCAAGUGAAAUUCUCAGCCAGGAGCUACGUGCCUGUGUGCUCCUGCCUCACUAAGCCAUGGCAUGUUUCUGUCAGAAGCAGGUCCUGCUCACCAGAGUGUUCAAAGACAGCACAGAAGCAAAGAUUUUUCUUCCGUCCCUAAAAUGAUUUUAAGGAAAGCUCAAUGACAGUGUGACUUACAAAGUGAUUUCUGUGCACCCAAGUAUGCAUUAAUUCAUGUGCAGGUGAAAUGGCUGAAGUGCCUGGUUUCUUGUUUGUUUGUUUGUUUGUUUGUUUAAAAUUGAAGGAUGUAAUCUUAGUGCAUGCUUCAACAACACUGCAUUAGGGCUAAUUGAGGGAGCACAAACUGCUUAGUGGAGAGAAAUGCUGGAAGAGGCUCCUUGUUUAGCACAAAUAUAUUCAUCACCUAGGGCUAUCUUGAAUGAAAGAAGCUGCUGCAGCUAGUCCCAGACAAUUCAUGCAUUAUGAAGCUGAAUGAAACSUGUGGGUGUGGUGGGAAAUGAUGAACACCACCAAGGAACUCAMCUUUAAUAAACAAACAAGGGUAGAGCUGUCCCUACGACUGGAUCUUCCUCGGUCAGGAUUCCAGCCAGCAAGUCCACCUGAGGGCUGCUCCAAGUGAAGAUAACCAGCUUGGAUCCUUCCUGCCUUUGAAAAGAUUUUUCAGCAGUCAGCGACACAAUUCUUACACACAGAGAGGCAGCUAGGCAGUAGAUUGAGGUUUAGGACAAAAGUCCUAAAAGAUUAUUUCUCUUUCCUGAAACCGGGUAAUUUAGAAUCUUUGRCUAUCAUUAAAAUACAGCAUGGAAGAGGAAACUUCUUACUCUACCAAAGAGCCAGUCUAAUCCUUCACUUUUCAAAUCAAUGUGGAGAAAAUGGCGCCUCUCAGAAUUUACAUUUUGUUGUGGCAUUCAAGGUCAUCGUGCUCUGUGUGAAGCUGUUCCACUUGAGUGUUGCUGAAAGUGCUGCUCUGAGCUAAUGAAAAGCCUCCGAGUCGUCUGGUUCCUUGUGGAGCUGUAACUGGGACCUGCUCAAAGAGGAAUCGCUCCCCCUGGUGUGCUGAAAUACAGAACUGAAGUGUCCUACUGUGCUGAAAUGCAGAGUUGCCCUCAAAAAGCCUUGGAGCUUGSCUGUUUCGUUUCUCUUUCCCGAGUGAAGAGAAAACUCUCUUCCUGAAAUAUUCGCAGUUGAAACRUAGGGAUUCAUGAAAACAUUGAGAUUUCCUUCUGGUUUCUGCCAUUAUCUCUGUUCCUUGAACAGAGUAAUGUGGUAUUUUUGUCAACUGCUCCAAGAGCAAAUCAUGAGUGCUGUGUCUUGGCAUCUGUGCCUCAAAUAGCGGAUAGUUUGGCCUUUUAUUUAUGUAUCUUAUACAAGACCAAGUGUGYUUUGCUGACAGUGAUAAAGCUGUUUGCUUCUGAAAACUAAUUCAUUAAAUUCAGGCCUUACUAAGUAAGAUUGGAUUUUUUACAGUUUACAGUGAUGUUAGAAACUAUACAGGCUGCUGUCUAAAACUAGAAUUGGAAUUGCAUCUAAGCAACUCUCAUUGUAUUUUGCCAAACCUACUACUGCCCAUGCAUUUGGACAGCUGGAACAGAUUGAUCAUUUAUAAACAAUUCUGUUGCUGAGAACAAACUCUUGCCCUCUUUGAACCCUUCUAACUCUGCAAGUGAACAGGAGAUUAAAAAUAAGAAAAUCAGGUUUAUUCAGAGAAGUCAGCUUGUUGUACAGAUAUGAAUGACAAAGCACUUUCUGCAAUAAGCUAUUUAAAAAUAGAUCUAUUCAUGUUGCUCUGUUACAAAAGACAGUAAUUGCAAUGUACCUUACUGCCUCUAAUAUUAAGGUAGAAGAAGGAACAUUGAUCUUUACCCUCCAGGACAGUACACUUCACCUCUUGACCCACUGUUGAGUUUAAUUUACAUUUUACUGAAGAAUUUUUGUUAGAAAAGCAUCUUAUCUUGAUUAAUUCAGGAAUAGUGAAUCUCCAAGAUACCUUGGACUGUUUUUUUUYCCCAUGACUGUGAUAAUUUUUCAUUGCUGUUUGCCUGGCACUUUUUGUACAYUACCCAGUUUGGAUAAAGAGCUGUUUGUAAUCUGAUACUUCUGCAUUUUCCACCAUAAUUAGGUCACAUAUUCACUUCUUUAUGCCCUAAAAAAUGAAAUAUUCAAAUGUCUCCCUGUCACACAUCUUGUUUGGUCCUCCCAUCAUUGUUAUGGUUCUCUUCCUCAUUGCAUUUUUGGCCUUCCUUUCAAAGAUGAGAAUAUGAAGAACAGACAAAAGCAGUCUCACUGAUAUUCUACAUGGACAGGAAACCRGUCUCUCACACUGACUGUUCGCUGCUUAUUCACCCACAGAUCACAGUAAGCCUUUCACAAUUGAGUUCUUUGACUCAAUCAGGACACUCUGAUCCUUCUGACGUAAAUGUUUUUUUAGGAAACCCAUUUUAUGUAGAUAGAAAGUGCACUCUUUUUUUUUCCCAGCUGUCAAGCACUGCUCUUAGAGGAGAGUUUUCAAAAAAUGGAUCUUCAUAUUGACAUUUUACAAUGCUAAGCAGUUUUUAAUCAGUAUUUUCAAUCUAAUAGGCCAUAAAAUGAUCCAUAAGUGAAGUUUGGACUACAUAAGAAUUUUGUGGAAGCUUUGUUGUCCGAAUCUCAAAGUAAGUAUUCACAGGAAUUGCCCGAAUUAAGGAAAAUAUGUCCGCCACUUCCUCCCUAGACACAGUUUUCCCUUGCUUGUUCAGGGCCUUGUCAGAAGAAUCUAGCAUCUAGUUGUUCCUGGGUUUUCAGCUCUCCUUAAAUACAAUGAAUGAACCUGUGACUUCCAUUUUAUGAAAAUCCAAGGACAGARGAGUUACAAAUUCUGGGUUAUACUGCUAUAACAAUUCUUUAAUUGCAUCUAGGAAUUUACAAAUAUAAAACAUCUAAAAAUGAAAGUGAUCCACAACUUGUGUGUCCCUAAUGGCCAUGUCAAAGAUAGACCUUACCACCUGCCAAAUGCUGGUUCAUGGCUAUUGCUUUGUAUUUUAUCUAUUUUUUCCUCCUUCUUUGAGAGAGUGCCCAUCAGGUCCCUKAAAAGGUACAGCCAGGGCAAAGCCAGACGAGGUAAACUCUUAAGUCUCGUAUGUAUGAUCUGAUGGGUAAGCACAGCAGCAGUAUUCUAGGAUCUAAAAUAAYUCAGUCAAGAUAUUCUCAAACUAUAUCCCCUCACUGAAAUAGAUCAGCUAGAGCAACUAUGGAUCACAGGCUCRGGUAUUUAGAUGUUCGAGUGUUUUCGUGGGUCUGGAUGGCCGUGCUGUAAAAUUAUCCUGGAAUUUUUGUUACAUAACUCUGACUGUGCUCUGGGGUUGUGCAGGGCUGUGAUGUGUGUGUUCCAUCACAGCAACUCRACUGUUUCCAUACAUCACUUGGGAUCUGUGAUCCCAUUCACAUGGGAAUGCACCAUGUGAAUUAUCGGGUCUUUUAAUCUGAUGACAAAAAUAAAAUAAAUGAURUGCA